GGGGUCUCAGCGGGGUGUGGGUACUCCGUAUAGCCACAGGUGCGGCGGGAGGCGGCCUGGGAAAGUCACAGUCAGCAGCGCAGUGGCGGGAACCGCAGCCCGGCGGCCCUGGAACCUCCCAGUUCCAGGUGAUUUCUGGAGAAUCAUUUUCUCCUAUGCAGUCUCACAUUGCUCAGUCAGUCCUGGUCACCUGUGAAGGAGAACAAACAGCCCUGGAUGGUGAAGAGAGAGGAGAGAAAGGACCCAGAAGAGUUCUGGUGUUUGUUCCUGAGACAGAAACUGAGAGAAGAGCAACAGGAAGAAUGGAUGAUUUUCCUGUAAAUGCACCCCAGUGUCUAUUGACAUUCCAGGAUGUGGCUGUGGACCUGUCCCAGGAGGAGUGGGAAUGUCUGGACUCGUCUCAGAGGACAUUGUACAUGGAUGUGAUGUUGGAGAAUUACAGCAAUCUAGUCUUUGUAGACAACCAUCACAUGUGUGCUGGAUAUAAGGACCUUCAGCAUGGUACAAAGAAUAUUGUUCAUGAUUAUGUGAAUCUCCAAGAGAAGCCUUUUAAAUGUGAUGAGCUUAGCAAAGUUACCCAUGAAUCUUUUGAAUAUGUACCUUAUGACAGAAGUGAUAUUGCAGAAAACUGCAAGAUUGAAUUUGGAAACCAAAUAGAUACCGCUGUGGAGUUACAAACCAGACAAAGAAGUGGCAACAUGGGAGAAGAACACUGCAAACAUAAGGACUGUGUAAGCUGUUUAAGAUUCUGUUCCAUCAUUAGCCAAAAUCUAGGAAUCUGCAUUGGAAAGGAAGAACACAAGAACACAGAGACUGAUAACUAUAACCGUGAACUCACACUGACAGGAAUCCAUAGUGAAAAAAAAUCACAGCAAUGCCAGAAAUGUGAAAAAUGCCUUAAGAUACACUCAAUCCUCAGUAGACAUAAAGGAUCUCAUACAGAGGAGAAACCUUAUAAACGGACACAUUGUAGCAGUUUCGUUCUGAAUUUAUUGCAACACAGAAUACGUAAUAACAUUCAUUAUGGAGAAAAAUCCUACAAUUGUACUGAAAGUAGUAAGUGCUUUUUUGAUUCAGCAGAUAAAAGAUUUCACAGAAGCCACACUGAAGAGAAAACUUACAAAUUUACUGAUUAUGGCAACUCCUUCAUUUAUUGCUCAGAUCUUGGAAAAUAUCAGAAAGUUCAUAGAGGUGAGAGGUCUCAUGAAGACAAGGAGUGUAGUAACUUCUACACAUUGUCACAUCUUGAAUAUCAUGAUAGAAGCCAUAGUGAAGAGAAAAUUGACAGAUUUAGUGAAUGUGAUAAAUCCCUUUCCACUGCCUCAAUUGGUAAAACAAAUCAGAGGAUUCCCACAGGAGAGAAACCUUACAAAUGUAUUGAAUGUGAUAAAUCCUUUAUUCAGAAAGCUAAACUUAAAACACAUCAAAGAAUUCAUACAGGGGAGAAACCUUAUAAAUGUAGGGAAUGUGGCAAAUGCUUUACCCAGAAGACACACCUAAUAACCCAUCAGAAACUUCAUACAGGGGAGAAGAAUUUCAGAUGUAGCGAAUGUGACAAAUCCUUUUCCCAGAAAGAUCAUCUUAGGAGACAUCAGACAAUUCACACCGGUGAAAGGCCUUAUAAAUGCACUGAAUGUGGGAAAGCCUUUGCCCGUACUACAUAUCUUAGGUUGCAUCAGAACAUUCAUGCAGGUGUGAAACCAUACAAGUGCAGUGAAUGUGACAAAAGCUUUACAAGUAAUUCAUCUCUUCGAUUGCAUCAGAGCAUUCAUACAGGCGAGAAACCUUAUAAAUGUGGUGAGUGUGAGAAAUCCUUUACCAGUAGUUCAUACCUUAAGUUGCAUCAGAACAUUCAUAAAGGUGAGAGACCUUACAAAUGCAAUGAAUGUGACAAAGGCUUUAUCCAGAAACAACAGCUGAGAAGACAUCUGACAAUUCACACAGGAGAGAAGCCUUAUAAAUGUAGUGAGUGUGAGAAAUCCUUUUCCGUUAGUUCAGAUCUUAGAAGCCAUCAGAAAAUUCAUGCAGCAGAGAAUCCUUACAAAUGCAGUGAGUGUAAGAAAUGCUUUAGCAGUUCUUCAUCUCUUCGAUUGCAUCAGAAAUUUCAUACUGGUGAGAGACCUUACAAAUGUAAUGAAUGUGGCAAAGGUUUUCUCCAGAACCAGCAGCUGAAGAGACAUGAGACAACUCAUACAGGAGAGAAGCCUUAUAAAUGUAGUGAGUGUGAGAAAUCCUUUUCAGUUGGUUCAGAUCUUAGAAGCCAUCAGAAAAUUCAUGCAGAAGAGAAUCCUUACAAAUGCAGUGAAUGUAAGAAAUCCUUUAGCAGUAGUUCAGCACUUCGAUUGCACAAGAGAAUUCAUACAGGUGAGAAACCUUAUAAAUGCACUGAAUGUGACAAAUCCUUUAUUCAGAAACACCAACUUAGGCGACAUCAGACAAAUCAUACAGGUGAGAGACCUUAUAAAUGUAGUGAAUGUGAGAAAUCCUUUACCAGUAGUUCAUCUCUUCAAUUGCAUCAGAACAUUCAUACAACUGAGAAACCUUACAAAUGUAGUGAAUGUGGCAAAGGCUUUAACCAGAAGCAACAGCUGAUAAGACAUCUGACAAUUCAUACAGGAGAGAAGCCCUAUAAAUGUAGUGAGUGUGAGAAAUCCUUUUCAGUUGGUUCAGAUCUAAGAAGCCAUCAGAAAAUUCAUGCAGCAGAGAAUCCUUACAAAUGCAGUGAGUGUAAGAAAUCCUUUACCAGUUCUUCAUCUCUUCGGCUACAUCAGAGAAUUCAUACAGGCGAGAAACCUUACAAAUGCAGUGAAUGUGAGAAAUCCUUUGCCAGUGGGUCAUACCUUAGAAUACAUCGGAAAUUUCAUACAGGAGAGAAACCAUACAAAUGUGGCGAAUGUCAGAAAUCUUUUACCACUGGUUCCUAUCUUAGAUUGCACCAGAAAAUCCAUAGAGGCGAGAAACCUUACAGAUGUAGUGAAUGUGGCAUAUCCUUUAUCAAGAAACAACAUCUAAAGAUACAUCAUAAAAUUCAUAUUCGGGAGAAAACUUAUGAAUGCAAUGAAUGUGGCAAAUGCUUUGGUCUGAAAUUCAAAUUAAGAGAACACCAGAGAAUUCAUACAGGAGAGAAACCUACAAAUGUAAUGAAUGUGGCAAAUGCUUUAUAUGGAAAUGCAGACUUCCAACCCCUCAGUGAGUUUAUACAGGAGGAAAACCCUACAAAUGCAAUAAAUGUGACAAAUCUUUUACCGGUGAGUCAUAUCUUAGAGUACAUCUGAUAAUUCAUACAGGAGAGAAACCUUAUAAAUGUGCAUGUGAGAAAUCUUUCCCAGUGGCUCAUACCUUAGAUUGCUUCAGAAAUUUCUCAUACAGGGGAGAAAUUUUAUAAAUGUUGUGAAUAUGCUAAAUCUAUUACCACUCAUAUCUUAGACUCCAUCAGGAAAUUUAUAAAGGUGAGAUACUUUACAAAUGUAUUGCAUGUGACUUUACCUCACUCAUAUCUAAUAAACAAAAAAAUACAUACUGUGGAGAAUAGUAAAUAAUGUGGUAUGUUCUAUAGCCAAGCUAUGUCCCUAUGGACCACUAGAGGCUCCAUAUUAGAGAAUCAUUGUGAACAGGAAAAACUCGAAAACCCUUUAAGCAAUGUUCAAAUAUUAGAAAAUAUCAAAGUUUCAUACUGAGGAAAAAUUCUGAAAAUGUGGCAAUGUGGAAAAAGAGUUUUUUUAAAACAUACCUUUUCAACUUCAAAUAAUUAAUAAUGAGUACAAAAUGGAGAAACCUGAUGAAUGUGCAGGCCUUUCCUGGAGACUAAAACAAUCCAUCCUGAAGGGAAUCUGAUUAAGACAGAAACCAGUCAAUAGCAUCAAGAAAUACAUGAAUCUGACAGGAUUCACUGUGUUUAACUCCCGUGAAGAAAUAUACCAAUCAUGCUGCUUAGAUGAAGCUCCAAGAAAUGUGAGCCACGAAGACAGGGCAUCCUUUAACCUGUGGGUAUGCCUGCAGGUGAGCAGCAUCUUCAGAUGUCCAGUGUUUGUAAUCUACAUCCCACACUAGGUUGGCAUUUUGUGGUGGUAAUUACCUCUAAGUCCCUUUUAACCCUAUAAAUGGCUCCUCGAUAAGCAUAUUUUGCUAAGAAGCUCUUGUAUCUUAAAUUGUCCCUUAUUUUUAAUCAAUAUGCCAUCGUACUGCUUUUUACCCUUUUUUGUUGUUGUUCUGUAUCUAACUUGUUCUACAUCUUGCUGGCAUCUGCCCAUGUGUAGAUUCAUCCCUAGUUCCUUUGUUUUCCCAGAACUCCCACCUAUUCUUCCUGCCUAGCUAUUGGCCAUUUAGCUUCUUAUUAAACCAAUCAGUGACACAUCUUUAUACAGUGUAAUUAAUUAUUUCACAACACUCUUCCAUAUUCCUGUAAUUAAUCCCAAUAAAGCUCAUGGGUUCAACAA